UGACCCUGUUUCUAAUUUUCUUUCCAGGCGUUCCAACUUGGAGAUUGACUUCUUAGUCCUCUUUUCACCAAUUCAUUCUGCAAAAUCUUCCUUCUGGGUUCAUAUAAUUCCUACGAUUUUUUCACAAACCUUAAACAAACCCACUUCUUCAAACUCAAUUACUUCUUUAACAUGCUCAAUUUUCUUACUUUCCUCUUCUUCCUCAAUUUCCUUAUCCAUGGAAAACCUCAGACCGUAGUUUCUGACCCAUAUCGCAGUUGCUUGUCCGGGAAUUUCACUCACAACAGCACCUAUCAGUCCAACCUCAAUCUUCUCUUUUCAGCUCUCUCCACCAACGGCCCUCCAAGAAACAGAUUCUUCAAUACUUCCUUUGGCCGACCCCCAAACGACACCGUUUACGGUCUAUUCCAGUGCCGUGGAGACGUCGCCGACGCCGUCUGUCGAACUGUCUUAGCCACCGCAACAACAGACGCAGAGCGGCUGUACUGUCCUCUGAGAAAAGGCGCUGUGAUUUGGUACGACGAAAUCAUAUUCCGCUAUUCCGACCAACCUUUCUUUUCCGUCAUUUCCUUAAUCCCAAAUUUGCAGUUACUGAAUACGGGUGAUAUAGACGUCGACAAAGCUCGAUUCAACCAGCUAGUCAUGUCCACAUUGAGAGCCACCGCGGCUCAGGCAGCUGACGCUUCUUCGGUGGGCGGAUUGUUUGCAACCCAGAUGGCUAAUUUCACUGGAGAUCUAAUCCUUUACACAUUAGCUCAGUGUACAGGCGACUUGUCCAAUACGGAUUGCGAAGAAUGUUUACGCCAAGCUACAAAUGGAAUUCCGAGUUGUUGUACUAAUAAACGAGGUGGAAGAGUUCUGCUUCCCAGCUGUUAUGUUCGUUACGAAGUUUACAUGUUUUACGAAUUAACACCGACGAAUUCCGUACCCCCGCCAGCAACUCCCACGCCUAAUUCCAGAACCCCAACACCGGCUCGUCUUCCGUCUUCUCCUCCGUCAGGGGAAAGAAGGUCCUCAACGGUGUUAAUUGUAGCCAUUGUGGCUCCAAUUGCUGUCUCCAUAUUGCUUUUUGUUGUGGGAUGUUGUCUCCUACGCCGGAGAGCGAAGAAGAGAUACUUUGCUGUGAAGGAAGAUAGUGUCGUUGAUGAGAUGACCACUGUGGAAUCUCUUCAAUUUGAUUUCAAAACAAUCGAAGCUGCUACUAACAAAUUCUCAGAGGAAAACAGGUUGGGAGAAGGUGGAUUUGGUGCUGUCUUCAAGGGUAGGCUUGAAAAUGGACAAGAGAUAGCAGUGAAGAGACUGUCAAGAGGAUCUCUGCAAGGUUCUGAAGAGUUCAAGAAUGAGGUUAUGUUGGUUGCUAAGCUUCAACAUAGAAAUCUAGUGAGGCUAGUGGGAUUUUGCUUGGAGGGUGAAGAAAAGAUACUCAUCUAUGAAUAUAUUCCCAAUAAAAGCCUCGACUUUUUCCUGUUUGGUUCGUUCUUCUCUCAUUGUUUCUUUUAUUCAUUCACUUCAUAUUUCUGUUUAUGUUUGAUUCCCUUUUGUCUACUUCAAUUUGAUUGUUCAAAAUGUGUAGAUCCAGAGGGACAAAAGCAGUUGAAUUGGCUGAAACGUUAUAAGAUCAUCAAUGGAAUUGCUCGAGGGAUAUUGUAUCUGCAUGAAGAUUCUCGUCUUAGAAUUAUUCACCGUGAUCUUAAAGCGAGUAAUAUCUUGUUAGAUGGAGAUAUGAAUGCAAAAAUUUCAGAUUUUGGAAUGGCAAGGAUUAUUCAAAUGGAUCAAACUCAAGGAAAUACGAGUAGGAUUGUUGGUACAUAUGGUUACAUGUCUCCUGAAUAUGCCAUGCAUGGAAAUUUCUCAAUGAAAUCUGAUGUGUAUAGCUUCGGAGUAUUGGUAUUGGAGAUUUUAAGUGGUAGGAAAAACAACACAUUUUACUUGUCAGAUCUUGCUGAAGACAUUUUGACCUAUGCUUGGAAAUUGUGGAAGGAUGGAACACCAUUAGACUUAUUGGAUCCAUUGUUGAGUGACACUUACUCAAGAAAUGAGGUGCUUAGAUGCAUUCAUAUUGCUUUAUUAUGUGUCCAAGAGGAUAGUAAGAGCAGACCUUCCAUGGCAUCCAUUGUUCUUAUGCUUAAUAGUUAUUCCGUUACUUUGCCAUUGCCGGAAGAGCCAGCAUUCUUCAUGCGCAGUAAAGACAAUGGCAUUACAGACACUGAUCAUUCUACUAGUAAAUCUGUUAAGUGCUCUGUCAAUCAAACAUCUAUAUCUGAAUUGCAUCCACGAUGAAGUAUAUGCCUGUUUGGUUAUGGUACUAGAGCCAUGUAUUUUCUGUACCUAAAAGUUUUACCUUUUAAGAUAUAUCCGAACUCAAUAUGUAUAUAAAUAGAGUUAUAUGAUAAAAAAAAUUUAAUAGCUUGAGUCA